ACUGAACAAACAAAAUUUAUUUCUUAAAACAAAUAUAUAUAGAUAUAGACAAAUAUGUAUAUAAAUUUUAUAUUGUUUAAAAAAUAUUAGUACACUCGUGGUUUAGUCUUGUGAUUAAAACGUAAUUUAAAUGGGCAAAUUGUCAUAAAUUUAUUUAUAUAUUUUAUCUUUGUGAUGACACGUGAAAAAUAUUUAUUUAUAAUUAAAAUUUUAUUUUAUGGAAAAUAUGAAUGUCAUGUUAAUACGUCAGUGGAAAAAAGUUAAAAAAAAGUUAUUAUUCCAUAUGAGAUUUUAAAUUUAUAUAAAUAUAAUAAUAUUUUGUUAUUGUUAUUUAUUUUUAAAAUGUAUAGUUACAGGAAUAUUUUUUUAAACAAGAAUUUAUUCUAUUGUGAGAGAAAAAAACAACUGGAGUAUUUUAAAAAAUUUUAUUCGUCAAAUAAAGAUCGUACUAAAGAAUAUGAAGGUCGUAAAUUAAUUGGAUUUUCAAUGGAUAAAAUAUUUGACGUCGUAGCAGAUGUAAAAGAAUACAAAAAUUUUUUGCCAUUUUGUAAAAAGUCUGAUGUGUUUGCUCGUAGCGAAGACAGUUUACGCGCAAAUUUAGUCAUUGGAUUCCCACCGUUAUUAAAUGAAAGUUAUACCUCAUGCGUGACAAUGAAUCGCCCGUAUUUUGUUAAAGCCGAGUGUACAGACGGCAAAUUAUUUAAUCAUUUAAAUACACUCUGGAUAUUUAGUCCUGGUUUAAAAAAUAAUCCACAGACGUGUGUUAUUGAUUUUUCGUUAUCGUUUGAAUUUAAAUCAAUAUUACAUUCACAUUUGUCAAAUUUAGUCUUCAAUGAAAUCGUACGUCAAAUGGAAAAUGCUUUUAUCAAUGAAGCUCAGCGACGUUACGGUAAACCUUGUAUAAAAACUGUUAGAUUAGAGAGAUAAUGUAAAAAAAAAACAUAUAUCGCGUUACUAAUUCCAAAAGAACAUAUUUUUAUUUGCCCUUUUGACUUCCGGGAUCUUCCUAAAGCCAAAAGGGCUCAUAAUUUUUUUUUUAUUGCCAAUCAAAAAGUUUAAAAAUCCUAAAGGGCGCGUGAUUUAAAUUUGAUGCCCUUUUGGCGGUAAAAUUUAUUUUAAAUUUUGAAUUUUAAAAUGUCUCCAAAACGAUUUGUAAUAAAAAAAAAUUAUACGCCCUUUAGGGUCAAGGAAGUUCACUAAAGCCAGAGGUAAAAUAAAAAUAUAAGAGCUUUUGGAAUUAGAAACGUGAUAU